CGAGCCUACACCCGCGAGGGUUUAAGGGGGCCGGAAAAACGGCGCGGCAGCCUGAGUCGCAGGAAUGGCCGCUCGCUCGCUGUAGGGUUUUUCGCCGCUCGCCGCCUCCGCCUCCGCCGCCGCGUGCCCGCGUCCACGCCCGAAUCGAAUCAGCCGCCGCCGCCGCAAACUCGCCGAGCAGCAGCUGAGCCUAGCACCGCGCCGCGCCGCGCUGCGCCUCGCCUGGCGGCGGAUGGCCGCAAGCUAAACCCCCCCGACUCCGCGCGCUCCCCGUGCUGCCCAUGGCGGCGGUUCGGAAGAUGGCGGCCAAUGGCCUCGCAGCAAAAAGGGAGAAUACAGGGACAAAGAAAUCUCCCCUGCAAAUCCAGAUGCUGGAGAGAUUCUACUCUGAGGUACAAUACCCUCAGUCGGAGGACAUUGCAGAGUAUGCAACAUCUGUUGGUUUGACUUACAAUCAGGUCAGAAUAUGGUUUAAGGAGCGGAGGAGGAAAGAGAGGAGAGAAACGGAAUCUUUAGGGGCGCAUAUGGAAAAGCAACUUAGUGCAAGAUCAAAUGGGUUCAGAUGCAGCAGCAGCAGGUCUUCCUCUUUUAGCCGGUCUACCAUGUACCGUACUGUGAAUUUACAGCCAGAGGACGACCGUUAUGUUGACAAGGGUAUGAGCUUCACAGGAGAGAAACACACACUCCGAUCACAAGUUCUGUUUCCCAAGGAUUAUAUCCUGAGGAAAGUCUUCCGCAAGGAUGGUCCACCUCUUGGAAGCGAAUUUGAUCCCCUUCCCCAUAGUGCACCUGGCCAUCUCAGAGAUACUACAGACGACCAUUUCUACCAGAACCAAAGAGUAAUAAAGAAGAGAAAGAUUGUGGAGCCUACCACUCAGAGAUCUUCCCUGCCAUGUGGGGACAAUGGUCCUGUGAGGAAACAUGGAGCCGGGAAAGGUCUAAUGACAGUGUGGCAUGCAAUGUAUUCCCAUAGUAGCAAAAUUCAAGAUGGAUCUAAUUUUAUUGAUGAAACUGGUUGCUUGAGGUCCUUGAGACCAUUAGAUGAUUGUGGCAGAAUAGAGGAUUGCGAUGAUGGAAAGCUAAUUCAGAAAAAAGUUUUGGCACGGAAAAAAGUGGUAAAAAGGACCAGGCCUCCAUCCAAUAAAAGAAAGGUGCCAAGUAGCAGAGUUACUGAUCCGAAGAAGCAUCCUCCAAUGGAAUGCCAUCUUUCAGUUGAUGAAUCACAAUCCCCAGUGCUACAGGCUAACCAAGUGACUUUAGUUGAUGAUGAGGAGCUUGAACUCCGUGAAUUGCAAGCAGGUCCUAACCCAUUGAGAUGUUCAGCUCACCUUUCUUCAAGUGGGAGACAUGGCUGCCCUCUUUGUAAAGAUUUACUUUCCAGGUUUCCUCCAUCAAGUGUCAAGAUGAAACAGCCAUUCUCCACAAGACCUUGGGGGUCAUCACCAGAAAUGGUGAAAAAGCUUUUCCAGGUUGUCCGGUUUAUCUACAAUCGUUUUGGUUAUAUGGAUGUCCAUCCCUUCACACUUGAUGAGUUGGCACAGGCAUUUCAUGACAAGGAUUCGAUGUUGUUGGGGGAAGUACAUGUCAAUCUCCUCAAGCUACUUUUGUUAAACACAGAACGGGGCAGCAAUGAUGUGUUUGUUCCACGAUCUUCUAAAGACUGCAGAUUUUUAAGUUUUGUGAACUUUGUUAGGGAACAGGAGUUUGAUAUGAAUUUUUGGAUCAAGUCUCUGAAUUCUCUUACCUGGGUUGAAAUACUACGUCAAGUUUUGGUUGCUUCUGGUUUUGGUUCGAAACAUCAUAUGCUGAAUCGGGAUUUUUUUAAUAAGGAGAAAAAUCAAAUGGUUAAAUAUGGUUUACGUCCUCGUACACUGAAGGGUGAAUUGUUUGCACUAUUGUCUAAGAAAGGUAGUGGUGGCUUAAAGGUAUCAGAACUUGCCAAAUCACCUGAGAUUGUUGAUCUUAGCAUCUCCAGCACAGAAAUAGAGCAGCUGAUCUAUUCAACUCUUUCUAGUGAUAUCACAUUAUUUGAGAAGAUUGCGCCUUCUGCAUAUCGUCUCCGUGUAGAUCCUCGAAUUAAAGGAAAGGAAGACUCUGGAUCAGAUACCGAGGACUCUGGAAGUGUUGAUGAUCACAGUGAUGCUAGCAGUGGUGCUGAUGAAUCUGAUGGUUCACAUGAGAUGAGUUUUUCUGAGCAUGAACAUAGAAUCCUUAGAAGAAAGUGGAAAAAUGGUCAUGAAAAUGUGAAUAGAUGUAGUGAAAUUGAUGAAAGUUAUUCUGGAGAACGAUGGCUUCUGGGGUUGAUGGAAGGCGAGUACUCAGACUUAAGCAUUGAUGAGAAGUUGGAUUGCUUGGUUGCUUUAAUGGAUGUUGUUUCUGGUGCUGAUUCUGCUCCAAGACUUGAGGAACCAUCAAGAGUCGUGCCUAGCAUACCGAGAGCACAGCCGCAUGUGUCAGGUGGGAAAAUAAAGAAAUCGACAAGAAACAUUUGUCAAUCUAGUGAUGAGUGCUUUAAUGCAUCAGGAAGCAUGUAUGGUUUGGAUUCUUCUAUGCAUGAGCAGUCAAGAAGCCUGAGAAGUCGUGAUUAUGUUGCUUACUCUGGAAGGAAUGAUACGUCUACAGGAGUUGCUCAUCAACCACAAGUUGUUCUCUUAGGAUCCGACCGUAGGUAUAAUAAUUAUUGGCUCUUCCUUGGACCUUGUAGAGCAGAUGAUCCAGGACAUCGUAGGGUGUACUUCGAGUCAUCAGAAGAUGGUCACUGGGAGGUUAUUGAUUCACCACAGGAGUUACUUUCCCUACUAGCUUCGCUAGACAGCAGAGGUACUAGGGAAGCUUAUCUUCUUGCGUCAAUGAAAAAGAGACAGACAUGCCUUUUUGAAGCCAUGAAAAAGCAUUACGAAAAUAGAGAUGCAGUUCAACCUGCAAUGCCAUCUGAUACAUCUCACUCUGAGACAAGUAGUGGAGAUGGAGCUUCACCCAAGCUAAGUAGUGGAGAUGGAGCUUCGCCAACAUCAGACAUUGACAAUGCUUCUGUCCCCACAAAUCCAGCUGAGAAUAUGAUAAAUGCAUCAUCUGCAAUAGCAAUUGAAGUUGGGAGGAGAGGUGAUGAGAAAAUAUUGAAGUGGGAAAGAUCUCAAACAUUUGAUAAAUGGAUCUGGACUUCUUUCUAUUCUUGCCUAACUGCUGUUAAGUGUGGCAAGAAAUCAUUCAAGGAAUCACUAGUUCGCUGUGAAAGUUGUCAUGAUUUGUAUUGGAGAGAUGAAAAGCAUUGCAGAAUAUGCCACUCUACUUUUGAAGUUAGCUUUGAUCUUGAAGAACGAUAUGCUAUACAUGUGGCUACAUGCAGGGAUCCUGAAGAUGUGUAUGAUGUGCCAAAUCAUAAAGUUCUGCCUUCACAGCUACAAGCACUUAAGGCAGCCAUUCAUGCUAUUGAGGCACACAUGCCUGAAGCAGCGUUUGCUGGUUUGUGGAUGAAGUCUUCGCACAAGCUGUGGGUUAAGCGGCUGCGACGAACGUCAUCUUUGGCAGAGCUUUUACAGGUUCUUGUUGAUUUUGUGGGGGCAAUGGAUGAGGAUUGGCUGUACAAAAGUUCAUCAUCUGUAAGCUUUUGUUCGUAUUUGGAUGACAUUGUCAUAUACUUCCAAACAAUGCCACAAACAACAUCAGCAGUUGCACUGUGGGUUGUUAAAUUGGAUGCCCUCAUCACGCCUUAUUUGGAAAGAGCUGAUUCUGACAGAGCAUUGGGCGAAGAGUCUGUGCAGACAAGAACGCGAGCAUGCGGUGAGAUAGCUAGGAAUCGAUGAUGGAAUUCUUUCUUUUGUGGUACUCCAAGCAAAGCACCCAGCUGACACGUUCUUUCUCAUCAACUGCAAGUUUUUUUGUUUGAUUGUCGAGCUUUUUUCUCAAGACUGAGACAACCAUAAUGUCUCUUCCUUGAGCAUCAGGCCUUAGCAGAAGCCAUGGCUUCCUAGUUCUGCUGGAUACCUGGAGAACAUCCUUGUUCCCACCCAACAGAAAGUCGUCCCUUAUGUACAAUAGUAGACAGGAAAAAAAAGGGCUUUUUUUUGUUAAUAAUCAUUGCUUCCGCCAUGUGAAUUUUUUUGCUCACAACAUUAGUGAUCACGAGGAAUACUAAAAACUUCUAUAUAGGUCAUUGCCGGAUAGAUGAUGUAUGUUGUUCAUGAACUAAGGCGACCCCUUUUGAUGCAAUAAGAGGGUCAGAUAUCUCCUUUUUGAUCGGUUAGUCUGCCGUGCAGCUCAUUUUGCUUCCAGCAGAGCGCGUGUAAGCAGGAUUGGCGUCACCACUUUAGUCUUUAGUACUCUUAAUGGUGUAAAAUCUAGUUGCUCUUUUAUUUGGUAGUUCCUCGUAGGAACUCGCUACUACCAUUUGUACCUGUAAAACCACAUGUCCUUCUGUUCUAUAGACGUUCUUUCUUGUCGGUUUGUCAAAAACAAAUAUAGCUAUAAAAUCCAAUCUUGA